AUGACUGAAAUUUUUGAGAAACUACAAGAGAGAUCCAAUUCUGACAGUCAAAAGCAAUACUCCUCACCAUCUUCAGACCCUUCAUUUAAAAUUUCUCUCUCUUCAACCCCUUCCGUAUCUGUUGAAACAGCGGAGGCAAAAGGAAUGACUGAGUAUGACAAUCAAAAUGUUUCAACUAACUAUGAUCCCAUUCUUUUACCAGAUCGUUUGAAAAACGUCUAUGAGGAGAUUACUACUCAGGUGAAACAAAUAGAAAAAACAGAAGACGCAGAGGAACGACCCGCCAACUCUAGAAAAAAUUCAAAUGGAGUUAUACCGUCUAAGGAUACUAAAACCGAAAAUAUCAAAACCCUUGAACCUCAGGUCGAUUCUUUAAAAACUCCUCCAUCCAGCCAUUCUCAAUUGGGUAAUUCAUCCCAAAAAUCGAAUGAACCGAUGUCCUCUAACCAAAUUAUGGGGCGUUUGGUAGUACGUCUUCGUCAGGCCCGUAAUCUACUAAUUUCCAGUAUGCAUGUUGAACCAUAUGCAGUCAUUAAUUAUGAUAAAACUGAAGUCGUGACUCCUUCUUCAAAGAAAGAUGCCGAAAAUGGGAUGGGAAUCUCCAUCCCUUCCAAAACUCGAACCGUGAAUGACAACUUUCCAGUGUCUCCUUCUCUCGUCCAAUCUGAGCUGUUAAUGGCAGAAGCUCGAGCUCCUCGGUGGGAUUUUGAAACUGUCUUCGAUGUUAUAAAUCCAGAAUCCACCGUUUCUAUCAGUGUUUAUGACCGUUUGAAUGGUGAUUGCUUUCUAGGAAGUGUCAAAGUUGCACCGGUUUCAAUGAAUGAGUAUUUAAAUGAAGGGUGGUAUAAAUUGGAACCUUUAGACUUAUCGCAACCCUUCGAAGGUGAGGUCAAUAUUCAAACCAUAUUUGAACAGUCAGAAGUUACACGAUAUGGACCCGAUGAUUUCACGAUUCUUCGACUAAUCGGGAAAGGAACAUUUGGCCACGUCUAUCUUGUUCAAAAAACCGACACGGGUCGAAUAUAUGCUAUGAAAAAGAUCUCAAAAAAAUUAAUUGUAAAAAAAAAGGAAGUUACACAUACUAUUGGGGAGAGGAAUAUAUUGGUUCGAACUUCACUUGACGAAUCGCCGUUCAUUGUUGGACUGAAGUUUUCAUUUCAAACUGCUUCGGACCUGUACUUAAUUACGGAUUAUAUGAGUGGAGGUGAGUUAUUUUGGCAUCUACAGCAUGAGGGGAGGUUUCGCGAAGAUAGAGCCAAGUUCUAUAUAGCAGAACUUGUUUUAGCCUUAGAGCAUCUUCACAAACACGACAUAAUUUAUCGAGACUUGAAACCCGAAAAUAUUCUUUUAGAUAUAAGCGGACAUAUUGCAUUGUGUGAUUUCGGAUUAUCGAAAGCAAAUCUUUCGUUUGAAGACACAACAAAUACUUUUUGCGGAACUACGGAGUACUUGGCCCCGGAGGUGUUAUUGGAUGAUAAAGGAUAUACGAAGCAGGUAGAUUUUUGGUCUCUCGGUGUUUUAGUUUUCGAAAUGUGCUGUGGUUGGAGUCCUUUUUAUGCACCGGAUGUGCAACAAAUGUACAGAAAUAUCGCUUUUGGGAAGGUUCGGUUUCCCAAAGGUAUCCUAUCCCAAGAAGCACGUAGCUUCGUCCGUGGAUUGCUGAAUCGGAAUCCCAAACACCGACUGGGGGCAUUGGCAGAUGCGGAGGAACUAAAAGCGCAUCCAUUUUUUGAUGACAUUAAUUGGAAUCUGCUGGCGAAGAAAAAGCUAUCUCCUCCAUUUAAACCUCAAGUUGAAAGUGAUUUGGACGUUUCCAAUUUUGAUCAAGAAUUUACGAACACCAAUGUUCGCAACAUGAACCUGAAUGGUUCCCAUGAUUCAGUUAAUGGUUCUACACCUCUUUCAAAUACGAUUCAGGAUAGAUUUCGAGGAUUUACUUUUACUAAUAAGUCCUUAGAAGAUCGGUUUGAAGGUAUUCACCUUGAUGAAUUCAAUGAAACAGAUCUGCCCAAAGACUCCGUUGGUAAUGAAAAAAACGGGUUUGAUAAAGAUGACCCCGUGGCUGAUUCAGUUUUUGGUGAAACAUUCGAGGGUUAAAUAUCAAAGAAAUCAUUUCAAAGUUAUUAAUGCCCAUUUUCCAUUCGACCAUAUGAUCUUUUCUUGCAUUUUUGUUUACGUCUUCUAGGUUUGUAUCUUUAUCGUUCCUUCAUCGCAUUUCUAUCGUUAUAGUUUGAUUUAUUCGUUUUAUAUUCAUACGUUCUAUUAAUUAACAAGCUUUAUUUAAAUUUUCUAUGACCCUUUUACUAAGUAAUAGUUAAUUGUAUAUACAAUAUGUUCAGAG